AUGGCUCCUAUGCCUGCUAAACGAAUUUUUCUUGGAUCAUUUUCGAUACGCAGUGUACUUGGCGAAGAUGAAGUGACAAAUGAAAAAACAUCCGAUUUAUACCAAAAAUCAAUUAAAUUAUCACCAAAUUACAUUUAUUCUCCAAGCGAUGAAAUCAAACAAAAAAUUCCCUCCUCAACUGAUUUUCUAUUAUCAAAUCUUAAUUCAAAUCUCUCUUGCGAAACAGCAUUCACAUCGGAUAAAAAACAACAACAACAACAACAGCAACAACUAUCGUUAUCAAAAUCUCUUAAAAGAUCUAUUGAUGAACGAGAAGAAGAUGUCGAUAAUAAUAAUCGUUUGUUCAAAAAACAAUCAAUAGAAAAAAUUUUACCAAUAUCGAUAAAAUCAAACAACAACAACAGUGAUGAUGAUUUGUUAUUGUUACGAAAUGAAGCAAAUGAUCAAGAAUUAUCAUCGAAAGAAAAUUAUGUUGAUCAUAAGUUUAGUGAUGAAAAAGAUGAUGAGGAAGGAGAUGAUGUUGAUCUAGGAUCGGAUGUUGGCACCUAUUGUUCAGAUGAUAAUAAUAGUAGCAGUAAUAAAAGACAAUUUUGUAUUGAAUCAUUAUCGGAACAUUCACCGUACAGUGAAGAAGAAGAUAAUCCUAUUUUAGAAGAAAAUACAAUAAAAGAUAAGACAAAACCAAAUCAUCAUGAAAAAAACAUUACAAUAAAUAAUAAUAAAAAAAAUCAAAAUUUAUCUUCAUCCUCUUCUGAAUCUUCAGCACCAUCUGGUUCUGGUACAGUGACAUCAACUCAAACAGUAUCGCAACCAAAAAAUAAAUAUGGAACAAAACCAAGUUAUUCAUAUAAUGCAUUAAUAAUGAUGGCUAUUAGAGCAUCUACACAAAAACGUUUAACAUUAAAUGGAAUCUAUGAGUUUAUUAUGAAAAAUUUUCCAUAUUAUCGUGAAAAUAAACAAGGAUGGCAAAAUAGUAUUCGUCAUAAUCUUAGUUUAAACAAAUGUUUUGUCAAAGUACCACGUCAUUACGAUGAUCCAGGCAAAGGAAAUUAUUGGAUGUUAGAUCCUUCAGCUGAUGAUGUUUUUAUUGGUGCAACGACGGGAAAACUACGUCGACGUUCAUCUACAUCAAGAAAUCGUUUAGCUGUUUUCAAACGAACAUUGCCAUCGACCUAUACACCCUUUGAUAAAGCUUAUUUAUCGGCAUAUACGUGGCCUUAUUCAGCUCAUGCCGCUGUUUAUGCAUCAGCCGCUUUAUGGUCGUCAAACGAACAACAACGUCAUCGAAUUGAUCAACAUUUAUUAGCAAACUAUUCUCAUCCGCAUCCACAUCCGCAUAGUGCAGUAGCCUAUCAUCAUGAUAUAUUUCAACGGACUCAUCCUAGCAAUAAUCAACAUAACAAUAACAGUGCUUUGACAUCAUUGAUAUCUAACAGAUUUAGUGCUGAACAUUUACUUUCGUCUGUGGUACCGACCGGACAAACAGCAGCAAAAAUGAGUUAA